AUGUGGAAGGAAUUGUCAAAGAUUCCCUAUUUUCGCGGAGUUGCCACUCUUCGCAAACCCCAGCGGACUUUCGCUUUCAAUUCAUUAGCAAAGACCCAAUCCCAGGCAGCUCGCAGGACUUUCAUUACCACACCUUUACGUCAAUCCCAGCCACAAGAUGAGGAAGACCACUUCCAUGACCGCAGCAAGCUGGACCCUCAACGCAGCGAAGAAACACAGUCAGCCACGACGGAUGAGGUUGCUACUCGUGACACCGCGUUUGAUCCGUCCGAGACCUCACCGGAAAGCGAACUAAAUGCGUCACAAAAAGAGACAAACAAGAAAGGGGAUUCGCGUGAUCCACUGACUGUCAGUCCCGCAGAUAAGAAUGUUAGCGGGACACGGGAUCCGAUGGAGGGGGGUGCGGCGAAGAACGCGGAUAAGGAAGAUGGUGCGCAUAGCAGCGGGGGGUCGCCGAGGAAGAAUAGGGAGAGAAAGUGA